CAUAAUGAAUGGAGAGGAGAAAACCUAUGGUGGCUGUGAAGGCCCUGAUGCCAUGUAUGUCAAAUUGACAUCUUCUGAUGGUCAUGAAUUUAUUGUAAAAGGAGAACAUGUCCUAAGAUCAGGAACAAUAAAAGCCAGCCCAGGUCAUUUGCUGGCCGAUGAAGCCAAUGAGGUCAAUUUUAGAGAGAUCCCUUCACAUGUGCUAUCAAAACUACGCAUGUAUUUUACCUACAAGGUUUGCUACACUAACAGCUCCAUUCCCAAAUCCUCAAUUGCACUUAAAAUUGCAUUGGAACUGCUGAUGGUUGCAAACUUCCUAGAUUGUUAA